CACGAUGCACGCGCUCGCGCGAGGUGGGCGCCCGCCCCGUGCUGCUGGCGCCCGAGGAUGCCGACAUGCACUACGGGCUCGCGAAGCGGGUGGGCGAGGGCGAGGUCGAGUGGCUGCGGCGCGGGUUCCGCGACGAGGAUUUGACGAGUUUGGGGAGGGAGGACGUCGAGGGCGUGGUUGAUGCUGUGUUUGUGACGCUGGGGGGAAAGGAUCCGCUGAGCACGCAUAUCUCGACGCUGUGCCGCCGGCUGCGCAUCCCCGUCAAUGUCGCCGACGCGCCCAAUCUCUGCUCCUUCACGCUGCUCUCGACGCACACGGACGGGCCGCUCCAGGUCGGCGUCACCACCUCGGGCAAGGGCUGCAAGCUGGCGUCGCGCAUCCGGCGCGAAAUCGCGGCGUCGCUGCCGUCAGAGCUCGGACAGGCCGUCGAGCGCCUAGGCACGAUGCGCCGGCGGAUAUGGGAGGAGGACCACGCGGCGGAGCUGGCCAUGGACCUAGACGCCGAGGAGGAGGAUGCCGGCCAGUCGGCUGCGUUCAAUAAGCUCGUCACGCCCGAGGACGCCGAGGCUGCCCGCGGCCGCCGCAUGCGCUGGCUCGCCCAGAUCUGCGAGUACUGGCCGCUGCGGCGGCUGGCGGGCAUCACGGACGAGGACGUCUCGGCCGUGCUGCGCAGCUACACUGCGUCGGAGCGGUCGGGGCUCGACCCGGCGGCCGUGGACAUGCGGCACCGCCGCGGACGCAUCAUCCUCGCGGGUUCGGGGCCAGGUAACCCCGACCUGCUGACCCGGGCCACGCACAAGGCCAUCCUGGCCGCGGACCUCAUCCUCGCGGACAAGCUGGUGCCGGCGCCCGUGCUGGACCUGAUCCCGCGCCGCACCGCCGUAUACAUCGCGCGCAAGUUCCCAGGCAACGCGGAGAAGGCGCAGGAAGAGCUGCUGCAGAUGGGGCUGGAGGGCCUGCGGGCCGGCAAGACAGUCGUGCGCCUCAAGCAGGGCGACCCGUACAUCUACGGCCGCGGCGCCGAGGAAUUCGACUUUUUCCGCGCGCAGGGCUAUGCGCCCGUCGUGCUGCCGGGCAUCACGAGCGCGCUGUCGGCGCCCCUUUUCGCCGGCAUCCCCGCCACGCACCGCAGCGUUGCGGACCAGGUGCUCGUGUGCACGGGGACGGGGCGCGCCGGCGCGGCGCCCGACCCCCCGCAAUACCGCGCCGCCAGCACCGUCGUCUUCCUCAUGGGGCUGCACCGCCUCGCGGACUUGGUGGGCAGCUUGACGGCCGCCAAGGCCGCGUGGCCCGUUGACACGCCGUGCGCGAUUGUGGAGCGCGCGAGCUGUCCGGACCAGCGCGUCGUGCGCACGACGUUGGAGUAUGUGUGUGCGGCGUUUGAAGAGGAAGGGAGCCGCCCGCCCGGGCUGCUGGUUGUGGGCAAGGCGUGUGAGGUGCUUUGGUCUGCUGGGGGGCAGAAGUGGGUGGUUGAGGAUGGGUUCAAGGGGUUGGAUGGGCUGGGAGUGGAGGGGGAUUUGGGGUUGUUGCAGGAGGCGGAGGGGCCGGUGACGGCGACGGCGUGAGGGAGACGUGGUGCUUUGCUUUUUUUCUUUUUUUUUUUCUUCUUUUGAUUCUUUGCGUGCAUGGAUGGCGUUUUAUAUUGGUGGACGGGUGGUUGCAUGGGCGGUGUUGGGAUACCACGGAGGGAGGGAUUUUACGCUGAUGUGUGUAGUACAUACCUAGGUAUAAAAACAAUCGUGCCUAUCUACCUACGAAACAACCAUCACCGUCGCGUCGCGGCUCAAAAAGGCCCGUCGAUCCCCGUCCGGGGAAGCCGGUACGGUAUCUUAUCGGAGCUCCCCCAAGCUCCCCAUGAUCCCAUCCCCCA